AAAUUAAACUGAUAUUUGAAAAUUGAUUUUUAUUUGAAUCUUUUUAAACAUAAAUUUCCAUUCCUACAAUUGUUUGUUUUUUGUCUACAAAUAAGAUAUAUAUGGGUUGUUAUAAUCCAUGAUUUUGCUGGCACUGACAAUGUACUGUGAAGUUUUAAUUCCUUAAGACCAAUGAAAUGUACAAUAAAAUGAGAAGAAAGGUGGCUGGAAUAAAGAAUAGGAAUUCUUACGAUGAAUCUGAUAGGAUACAACUAGUGCCCAUUUGGGGGGCCUACACCAUAGUGGUGAUGGUCUCAACAAAGUCACAUCUCUCUGCCACCACACUGUAUCUACACAGGGUCAUCCAGUGGAACUGAAGCACCUUUUGCAACUGAGCCUUCACGGCAAGUAGGUAAAGCCCUCAGAAACACUCUGUGACCAAUCUGCGGAGGAGGAAAAAACAGCUGGAAGUGUGUUUGGGCCAGAAUAACUGGUGAAAGGGUUAAGCAGCCCCUUCCCCACUGAGCCUGUGCGCAAGAACUGAGCGUGUGCUCAAGAAUGAGUCCAGAUUGCAGUUGCUCGCAUCUGCUUUUCAUUUUAAAAAAAUCUGAACAAAGAUUUUAAACACCGUUGGGUAUUAUAUGUUUUGACCCUGGGUAGCAAGUCCAUGUUUUACUAUUGGGUGCCUGUGUACAGAUUUGAACAUUUGUUUAAAACUUGUUUGGAAUUUGAUUAUGAGUGUUACUGUGGGUUUUUUUUACAGUGCUCCAACUCUUUUAAAUAUUCACUUUAAAAAAUCCUCACCAUGUCCCUAGUUGUUCUGCUGCUUUAACAUGGUCAUGUGAAAUAUACUGCACCUCUCCAGAUGUACAUAUAUUACAGAAACCUGUUUUUAAAAACCCAUUUAACUUACAUUGGUUUUGGUUUUUAGAUGCCUGAGCUGCCGAGAACUCUCCCAUUAGUUCUAAUAAUGAUUCAUAGAUUGCAUUAAAAAAAAAAAGUCUGUGAUUGGUCAUAAGAGAUUCUGUUGUUGUUGCCAAACACAUUUUCUGUUCUCAGUUCUUAUGAAGAACAGCUUGCCAACCACUACAGGGACACUAUUUUCAAAAAUGCCAAAUGAUGCAAGCAGUAAAGUAGCUUGAGUAGGAGUCUUGUAACACACACACAUCCAUGCAUACAACUAGUGGAUCAAAUAUCAGUGCAAUGUAGGUGGCAGAAGUUAUCAGACAAGUGUGCGUAGCUCAUAAUAACCAUUUCAUAGAAUGACACUUCCUGAAACACAAAGGAAUUGAAUAUUCAGAAUUCACUUAAACUAGUUUGUGUUGCAGAGACAAUCAGGAAAAGGUUAGCAAGCAUUUUCGUGUGUGUAACUCUUGCAAGAUCUGGAGCACUACUUGUGUGGAAUAACUCAGCUCAAGCACUGAAAGGCAAGCCAAAUGAGAAGUGGAAUUUAUGCUAUAUCAUAACAAAGCAACAUUCAGAAAACCCCAGUUACAUUGUUCCGGCUGCCACUGUUAAAACCUUGUCUGGGAAUGCUGUAUGUGGCAUGUUAGCUGGCAAAUAAGUCAAUAUGUUCCAUGCUCAACAACGUAUAGCUCAGGAGCCGUAUACAGCCAUCCCUCACCAAUCCCAGUUUUCCUAAUCAUGGAUUUGAGUAUCCGCAACUGGGAAAUUGUGACUGGUCUCGCCAACCAUGACCCAGGUGGCAAUCAUUGAUAGGAUUCACUGAUUUAAAGAAGCAAAGCUCCCAGAGAUAUGAACCCUGGAACAACAAUGGCAGUAUUAGCCCACAAGCAUCAUUUCUUUUUGGUUGCCUUCUUUGGCUUCUGUGUGGAUAGUUUGGUACAUGGACAAAAGAAUAACACUCUAAUUUUCACCAAGGAAAACUCAAUUCGUAAUUGCACAUGUCCUGAUAAAAUUGGUGAUAAUGAUUGUGAUUAUAGUCUAGCAAAUCUGAUCUGCAAUUGUAAGACUGUCCUGCCAUAUACCAUAGACAAAAACUACUACAACAACCUUACAAUUUGGUUCACAGAAACAUCCAUGCUGGGAAUCCUGUUAAACUUUACGGCUGUGUAUAACCUGAAGCUCUCGCUCUGUGGCACUAUUCCUCUGUCACCAAAAUACCUGACUAUUUGGGGCCUACGCAGACUACGGAUAAAAAGUGGGAUCAGUGGUCAGUUACAAGAGCAAAGUCUAACCAUCUACAGCAGCCAUGAUAAUGAAACACAAGACAAAUUUGAGACACCAUGCAAAGACAAGCAUACGAUUACUCAUAUUGCUAUUUUAGACACAUCACUUUUCAACAGCUACUCCCCAUUGAAAUCAUACAGUGUCGAAAAUAUAUUCAACAUUACAGACCGCUUUCCUCGUCUGCCCAAUUCAGACUCAUUAUUCACCACAAAUAACAAAAGUUGUAUUAUAACGUUCAUUUACUGACACAGUAUGCUUUGCCAUAGCACCAGUGCGGUCAUAGGUCACUAUCAGAAAUACAUAUUUUGAAGCAAACCUCCUGCCAUUCCCGUUUUUUAAAACAUUGACGUAUAAAGGAUACCCUGUUCAACAUUCAUUCUAUAUUUCCUACUUCAGUAAACUAUAAAAGAGGUCAAUUUCCUUUCAAACGCCAUCACCAACCACCUACCUUUUCUAACUCUAUUACAGUUUGUCAAUGGCUUGGUUAGGAACAUAGGAAGCUGCCAUAUACUGAGUCAGACCAUUGGUCUAUCUAGCUCAGUAUUGUCUUUACAGACUGGCAGCCGCUUCUCCAAGGUUGCAGGCAGGAAUCUCUCUCAGCCCUAUCUUGGAGAUAGGGUUCAAACAUAAUGCUUAAUCUUGGCUUAGCAUUUCAUAUCAACCGGGCCAAUGCCACCAUGUUUGACACAUACACUACAUACAGCUAAGUUACUUUCUCUGAAUGUUUUGUCUGAUUUCAAACAACCAUGCUUUCACAGAAAUCAACAGUGUUAUUACUAGUUCAUAAAUAUUAUCCUAGUCCAGGACAAUGCCUUCAAAAUAUCCAAGGAGGAUGUUAACUGGGUCCAUGGGGGUCAUGUAUCCUAGAAUACAUGCUGCACUAAUAUGGAUUGAUUUUACCAACAUCUUUAAUCAGAGUAUUGCUAUCGGGGAAUAUCGGGGUUCUACAUCUCCAACAGGCGUCAUUUCCAAUUUUAUAGAUUAUGUUUUGAAUAUAGGGUAUUCAGAACCAGAAAUAAAUAAUAAUAAUAAUAGUAUUUUUCUUUAUGUUCAUGCAGUAAGAUGCCCAAGUCUCUCCCUCUAUUCCUAUCAGUUAUGUAUAAUUCACAAAUGUGUUUCAGAAUCUUGAGAUAUGCCACUGUUUUUGCUGUUGUUUUUUUAAAGCAAUAUUCUAGGCAUCAUAUUUAUGAAGAAAACCUUGAAGAUGUGAUGCUGGCAAAAAUAUGCACAUUUGAUUUAACAUGCACUCAAGCAAAUAUCUUUCUUUGGCUUACUAUUAUUAUUAUAUUAUUAAAAUAUUUAUAUACUGUG